AGGAUUUAAAAAAAAAAACUUGGGAGUUUGACACGACCCGUAUCUACCCUAUCCAUACUAAUUAUCUUGAAGCAAGAGUCGUAGUCACUUUAGUUUCUCGACUCUUCUUUCCAACUCCGUGUAGACUACGCGCUCUAAUGGCGACUGCAUCUCCUCCUCCUCCUACGGUGAAUCUCUGGGUCGUCUUAACGGAAUCGAAGCGGAUAAUAAACGCCCACUCACGCCACUUCCUCGCUCUCUCCGUCCUCUUCCUUCUCCCCCUCUGCUUCUUCGUCACCGUCUACCCCUCCGUCUCCCGCCUCAUCAUCGACCAAUCCUCCGCUUCUCACAACAGCGUCUCCCUCCUCCGCGGCUCAAUCCACGACGGCGACGUCGACGCCGACGGCAAGACCGUCCUCCUCCUUCUGAUCGCUUACAUCGUCGUCGUCACCGUCUUCAACCUCCUAGCGAUCGGAUCAAUCGCGUACAGCGUGUACCAAGGAUUCUACGGAAGACCGGUGAAACUCAUCUCCGCCGUGAGAUCGAGCUUCACCUCCUUCCUCCCUCUUCUCGCUACUCUAAUCUCUUCCAAUUUCAUCGUAUUAGCAGUUUUCUUGAUUCUAGGGUUUGCAGCUUUCUUGUUAGCUCGUGUAAUCGGGCUCGAUUACGCUUCGCCAGAUCUCUCCACCGUUGUGAUACUCAUCUCACUCGCGAUCCUAGUCAAACUCUAUGUUAACUGGAUCCUCGCGUGGGCCAUCGUCGUUGUUGAGUCUUCCUGGGGGUUAACGCCGUUGAAGAGAAGCAAAAGCUUAAUCAAAGGGAUGGAGAGCCUUUCUCUGUCUAUGAUCCUCCUCUACGCCGUGGCUCAGUCGUGUUUCGUUUGGAUCAGCACCGUGGCUGCUUCCGCUCACAUGGAUGAUGGCAAGUUGUGGACGAAAGCUUUCUUCGUGUUCCAGAUCGUGGUCACCUCUGCGGUUCUAACGGUUUUGAUGCUCUAUUACGUGGCGGCGACUACGGUGAUGUAUAUGUACUGUAAAGCUGUUCACGGGGAGCUUGCUUGGGAGUUUGCGAGAGAGUAUGUGAGCUUGCCGUUUGAUGAUGGUAAAGUUCCUCACUUGGUCUCUGUAGCUUACAGCAAUUUCUGAUUAAUCAUCAUUCAGUGUUUGAAAAGUUUGGGGCUUUUUGUAUGAUAAAGCAAGUUUGUGUAUUGAAUCUUGUUUAGUGUUUGACUCAAUCGGACUGGCUUUGUGUUUGUUCUUGACACUUCUAAGCUUUUGUAAUGUGAUUGAAUGAUCUUAAUUUUGUGUC